UCUUUCCAACCUCUUCUUACCUCACUUUCUCUGGAAGUUAGCCCUGAUUUUCCCGGCAGACAAACAAAAAACUGCCUCAAAAUGACCAAACUACCCUCGCCUCUUCUCUCUUUCGUCCCGUUCCUCUUCCUCUUCUUCUCCAUUUCCAUCCUACCCUUUCUAGUAACUUCGCAGGACUCGGCGGCAAUUGACCGAGAGAUUCUGUUGAUACUUAAGCAGCGGUGGGGAAAUCCACCGUGGGCACAGCGGUGGAAUGCCACCUCAUCACCGUGUGACUGGCCGGAGGUUCAAUGCACUGUCGGCGCUGUCACCGGAUUACUCCUCAGCAACAAGAACAUCACCCAGAAAAUCCCGCCUGCAAUCUGUGGCCUCCGGAAUCUCACCACUCUUGACUUGUCCUACAACUACAUCUCCGGAGACUUCCCGACGGCUCUCUACAAUUGCCAUAAUAUUCGGCAUUUGGACCUCUCUCAAAACUACUUCGUCGGCCCGGUUCCCUCAGACAUCGACCGUUUGUCGCCGUCUCUCCGAUACUUCGACAUCGGGGCCAACAAUUUCUCCGGUGACAUCCCGGCAGCGAUUGGUCGGUUGCCACGGUUGCGAACCCUGUAUCUCUACCAAAACCAAUUCAAUGGCACGUUUCCUAUCGAAAUCGGAGGCUUGUCCAAUCUCGAAUAUCUGGGUAUGGCUUACAACACAUUUACGCCGAACAAGCUGCCACCGGCAUUUGGAAAGUUGAAGAACUUGAAGUUCUUGUGGAUGGCUGAGACCAACUUGGUUGGCGAGAUAGCGAAAAGUUUUGUGAAUCUAACGAGCCUUGAACACUUGGAUUUAUCUAUGAACAAUUUGCAGGGUCGAAUUCCUCAGGGAAUAUUCCAAUUGAAGAAUCUGAGUUUUGUGUAUUUGUACGACAAUCAACUCUCUGGCGAGAUUCCAACUCCGAUUGACUCGCUGAACUUGAUCGAAUUGGACUUGUCCAUGAACAAUUUGACAGGUUCAAUACCUGCAGAUAUUGGGAAGUUGCAGAAAUUAGAGAUCUUGCAUUUGUUCAUGAACCAAUUCUCCGGCCAAGUUCCAGCGAGCAUUGGCCUAAUCCCAACUUUGAAGCAUUUUAGGGUUUUCACAAAUAGGUUGAAUGGGACUUUACCGCCAGAAUUCGGCCUCCAUUCGAGGCUAGAGGCUUUCGAGGUUGCGGAGAAUCAAUUCACCGGGAAGCUACCGGAGAGCCUCUGUGCAGGGCAGGCUCUGCUCGGCGUGGUGGCUUUCUCAAACAAGCUCACUGGAAGCGUGCCUAAAUCGCUUGAAAAUUGUGGAACUUUGAGGACUGUUCAGCUCUAUGAAAACAAUUUCUCCGGCGAGGUUCCAUUAGGCAUGUGGACUUUGCCCAACAUAUCAAGCUUGAUGCUUAGCCAAAACUCAUUUUCCGGCGAACUUCCAAGCAAAUUGGCCUGGAAUUUGUCCCGGCUAGAGAUCAGUGACAACAGAUUUUCGGGUCAGAUUCAAAGUCAAUUCUUAUCUUGCGCGAGAUUGGUCGUGUUUAAGGCAAGCAACAACCAGUUUUCAGGCAAAAUCCCGGUGGAGUUAACUAGCCUUCCCCGACUCCUUACUCUGAAUCUUGAUGGUAAUUCACUUGAAGGUGAAUUGUCAUCCACAAUACUUUCAUGGAAGUCUCUAAACACUCUGAAUCUUGCUCGAAACAAGCUCCACGGCCCAAUUCCAGCCGCUCUCGGUUCUCUGAGCGACCUCCUCAACCUUGAUUUGUCUGAAAAUCAACUUUCUGGCCAAAUUCCAUCCCAAUUAGGCCGUUUGAGGCUAACCACCUUGAACCUCUCCUCUAACCAACUCACUGGGAAAAUCCCCGAUGAGUUCGAUAACUUAGCAUACCAAAACAGCUUCCUCAACAACCCCAAUCUCUGCUCCAAGAAGCCAAUUUCCAACCUCAAAAGUUGCACAACCAGAACACAAAGCUCCAACCUAUCGUCUGGAUACACCCUCACUCUGGUCCUUGUUCUCGCGGCUACCCUCCUUCUAGUCACUAUUCUAUCAAUCAUUUUCAACAUCAGAAGGAAGGGGAAGAAGCUCAAGCGAUACCUCGAAAGUUGGAAGCUAACCUCAUUCCAGAGGUUUGCCUUCACCAAGGCUACCAUUCUAUCCCAGCUAACCGAAAACAAUCUAAUCGGAAGUGGAAGGUCGGGGAAGAUAUACCGGGUCCCGGUAUCCCAUCCGGGAGAUUUUGUCGCUGUCAAGAGCAUCUGGAACAACCAUAGAUUUGAUCACAAUCUAGAGAAGGAAUUUUUGGCAGAGGUUGAGAUACUGGGAACAAUUAGGCAUGCCAACAUAGUGAAGCUGUUGUGUUACAUUUCAGGUGAGGAUUCAAAGCUGCUUGUCUACGAGUACAUGGAGAAUCAGAGUCUGGAUAAGUGGUUGCAUGGAAGGUUCGUUGGUAAUUCUGUUUUGGAUUGGCCGACGAGGCUGCAGAUUGCCAUUGGAGCUGCCAAAGGGUUGUGUUACAUGCACCAUGGCUGCUCGCCACCGAUCAUUCACAGGGAUGUGAAAUCGAGCAAUAUCUUGUUGGACUCUGAGUUCAGGCCAAGGAUUGCUGAUUUUGGCCUGGCUAGGAUUCUGGCCAAGCAAGAUGAGCCUGAGACCAUGUCUACUGUUGCUGGUUCGUAUGGGUAUCUUGCUCCUGAGUAUGCUUACACAACAAAAGUGAACGAGAAGAUCGAUGUAUACAGUUUUGGAGUAGUGCUAUUAGAGCUGGUGACUGGAAGAGAGGCCAACGAAGGAGACAAGCACACAAGCUUGGCAGAAUGGGCAUGGCAUCUCUAUGGAGAAAGAAACUCCAUUGAAGACGCCUUGGAGGAGGACAUAAUGGAGCCAUCUUGCUUGGAAGAAAUGAACACUGUCUUCAAACUUGGGCUGGCAUGCACAACCACGCAGCCUUCCGACCGGCCUUCCAUGGAGGAGGUGUUGCAGAUUCUGUGUCGCUGUCCUGCCCCGGCGGAGGGCGGCCGGCGGCACGGGAUAGGGCGCAAGUUCGACGUCGCCCCGCCUCUCAGCAAUGCCAAGUAUCUUUACAACUAUAAGCAUAGUAACAAGGUUUGUGAUGAAGAUGGCAAUAUGGUUUGAACUUUGAAGACUGCAUGUUCAUAAUUAUGUAAUUUGAGGACUUUCAUAAUUAUGUAAUUAACUCCUAAUGUAACUUUAAUCCCUUUUAAUGGGUUGGAUACAUCAAUUUUAGACAUUCAUAA